UGAGAAAUUUUCACGAGACGACACUUGGAGGAAGGAGGAAACUCGAGGAUGAACGACACGUCGGAACAUACUCACCGAGACAAAAAUCGUGUCGGAAAGCCAACGAAUUCCUAGGAACCACGUAAAAAACCCAUCAAUUCAUCUCAAUUAAGCAAGUUUUACUCCAAAUUAUUCCCCGUUUAAGAGGAUUCCGACGCGUUUCAGCCGAUUUCCCACUUUCCCACCGUCCCCAUCCGUAGCUUCGUUGGCAGGGCAUCUUCUCCGAUUCUUCCUCCGUCGCUGUCGCCGGAUCGGAUUCCAUCAAUACCUCGCAUAGAGAUUCAAAAGAUAUGGUGAAGGAGACUGGUUAUUAUGAUGUAUUGGGUGUCAAAUUCGAUGCCUCCUCUGCAGAAAUUAAGAAGGCAUACUACGUUAAGGCAAGGCUAGUUCAUCCAGAUAAAAAUCAAGGAGAUCCGAAAGCCGCGGAAAAUUUUCAGGUACUGGGAGAGGCUUAUCAGGUAUUGGGCGAUCCCGAGAAGCGUGAAGCGUACGACAAGUAUGGGAAGGCAGGAGUACAACAGGACACCAUGGUAGACCCUGCAGCUGUGUUCGGUAUGCUGUUCGGAAGUGAGUUCUUUGAAGAGUAUGUUGGUCAGCUUGCUUUGGCUGUUCUAUCGACUUUCGAGAUUGAGGAAGAUUCACAAGACCCCGAGAUACGCAAGCAAAAAAUUCAGGAAAAGCUUAAGAUAUUUCAAAAGGAAAGGGAAGAAAAGCUUGCAAACAUUUUGAAAGACCGCCUGCAACCAUAUGUUGAUGGUCGGGUUGAUGAGUUUGUGACAUGGGCAAGUUCAGAAGCACGACGACUCUCCAACGCUGCUUUUGGUGAGACCAUGCUGCACACCAUUGGAUACAUAUACACAAGGAAAGCUGCGAAGGAACUUGGGAGGGACAGACGUUAUAUGAAAGUUCCGUUUUUAGCCGAGUGGGUUCGAGAUAAAGGACACCAAAUAAAAUCACAAGUGAUGGCAGCUUCAGGUGCUGUUUCUUUGAUUCAAUUACAGGAAGAGUUGAAGCGGCUGAACGAAGGAGAUAACCGAGACGAGAACCUGGCAAAAGCCAUUGAAGAGAAGAAAGAUGCUGUUCUCAACUCACUUUGGCAGAUUAAUGUGGUCGACAUCGAAUCUACUCUGUCACGUGUCUGCUCUGUAGUUAUUAGAGACCCCAGCGUGUCGAAAGACGUACUGAAGCUACGAGCCAGAGCCCUGAAGAAGUUAGGAGCGGUAUUCCAAGGUGCAAAGUCAGCUUACAGCAGAGAAAACAGCCUGAGGCAUGAAAAUGGUAAAGCAAUUGCUGUUGCUUCUUCAACUUCAUGAGCUCACACUUCCAUGGAAACUCUGUCAGUCUUCUCUGAUCUGAUGAUGUUCUUUUUGAUUCUAUAUAUUUGAAUUCAAUGAAUGUUCUUCAUUUUUUGUAUGCUGUUCUUGAGAAUUUCUUCAUUUUUUUUUUCCUGCUUUGUAAUUUCUAGCUUACAAUCUGCUCUUGUUCUUGUAAAUAAGUUAUAGGAGAGUGAGUUGGGGUUCGGAAUCAUUGUUUAUUUAUUUAUUGAAGGAGAUGAAAUAUUUCGAUUUCU